AUGACGAAGGGUACCUCCUCGUUUGGUAAGAGACACAACAAGACGCACACCUUGUGCCGUCGUUGCGGUCGCCGAUCGCUUCACAUCCAGAAGCACACCUGCUCUUCCUGCGGUUACCCCUCGGCCAAGACCCGCAAGUACAACUGGUCCGAGAAGGCCAAGCGGAGAAAGACCGUCGGCACCGGCCGCAUGCGCUACAUGAAGGACGUCUCCCGUCGCUUCAAGAACGGCUUCCAGUCCGGCGUCCCCAAGGGUUCCGCCGGCCCUACCGCGCAGGAGUCGUGA